AUGGAUUGGGUCAUAUCCGAUGAACUGUCUUUGACGGUGGGGCAUGUCGUCGGCUGGGUAAGUGCAGGGGCCAUGAUAGUUGGAGGAGUCGUCCCGUAUAUACCCCAAUAUCGGCAAAUCAAGAGGACGAAAGACGCCGAAGGAUUUUCGUUGCUGGUCUGCUUGGCUCUACUUAUAGCAAAUACUUUAAGAAUUUUAUUUUGGUUUGGCAAGCAUUUCGAAUAUCCACUAUUGAUGCAAAGCUUGAUAAUGAAUGCCACAAUGUUUGGAAUGAUUCAUUUGUGUGUAAGAACUAGAAAUAAGAAUCAAUUACUUCAGGCGAGGCAGCGGAUAUUCACAGAUUUCGAUGCCAAGAAUUUCUGGAACUGGUCUGACUUCCAAUCGUAUUUAGACUGCAUGCUCGUUUUUACCAUAAUCGCUUCAUUGUUGAUGUACCUGUUUAUAGAAUAUAUUGUUUUCGUUGAACUUAUUGGAUUUUUGGCUGUGUUCACCGAGGCUAUGCUUGGUAUGCCUCAACUUAUCAAGAAUUAUAGGUGCAAGUCCACCGAAGGAAUGAGUUUAUUAAUGGUGGUGCUUUGGACUUGCGGUGAUAUAUUCAAGACUCUAUAUUUCCUAUUGCGCGAAGCGCCCGUGCAAUUUUGGAUCUGCGGUUCGAUGCAGGUCACCAUAGACAUGCUAAUUCUACUCCAAGUUUUUAUUUACAAAGGUAAUCCUGACAGCAGCCGACUAGCUCCACACAGGAUCGAUUGA